AUGCCUUCGUCAACGGCCACGGACUCGUACGCGGCCCAAAUUGCUGCUCCUAUGACGGUACCACAGCGGAAGCAAUUGCUCAAGCAGCUUCAAUCGCCCGAGGCCAUCGACAGCCUCCGCCGUCCUGAAAUUCUCAUGGAUUUCUUCACCGACAGUCUUGACAUGAGAGACCUGAGUCUCGCGGUGCCGGCGCUCACGGGCCUCUUCCACCUCAUCACCACAAAGAACCUCGACUACCCCUCCUUCUACCCUCGACUGUAUGCCCUUCUUGACCGAGAUCUGCUACACAGCAAAUACCGCAGUCGGGUGCUGCGGCACCUCGAUAUCUUCCUGUCUCCGACAAACCACUUGCCGGCAGCAACCAUUGCCAGUUUCAUCAAGCGCCUCUCGCGUCUCUGUCUCUUUGCCCCUCCAUCCGGCAUCGUGGCCAUAAUCCCCUUCAUCUACAACCUUCUCAAACAGCACCCCACCACGACCUUCAUGAUCCACCGCAAUCCAUACCCUCCCUACACCAAGUUCAAACACAACCUGGGCAACGACCCGUUCGACCCGAACGAACCGAAUCCACAGCUCACCAAUGCCAUCGACUCCUCCCUGUGGGAACUGGAGACCUGCCAGUCACACUACCACCCCACAGUAGCGAGCAUUGCCCGGAUCAUAUCCGAGCAGUUCACAAAACAGCAGUACAACCUCGAGGAUUUUCUUGACCACGGUUACGCUACCCUGCUCGAGAGUGAAUUCAAGAAGAAGGAGAAGAAACCACCUGUGGUGGAGUACAAGAUCCCCAAGAAGAUUUUCGCCGCCGCCGAGGACAGCGAAGAUGACGCUACCGGGCAAGAGGACGGUAUGGACAAGUUGCUGGACAUGUGGGACUUUGAGUGUUAG